AUGACAGACCAACCCAUCUCCCACAACCAGAAACGCCAUUAUCAGGUUGAGAGGAAUUAUCGCAAACGACUGAACGAAAAGAUCAAAAACCUGGCGGAGGUCAUCCCGGGAUGGUCACACUCCGACCCGACAACUCUCACCACGGAGAACUCCAAAUCGAUGGUGUUGGAGAAAGCGAUUGCCUACAUCACGUGGCUAGAAGGUGAGCAGCAGAAGAAGCAACGCGUAUUAGAGGCUAAGAAGGAAAUUGCCAAUUCUUUGCAUUUUCUCUUCCAUUAG